AUGUUUCAUCCUUCAUCGUCGGGCACCGAACGUGGGCCGCUCGUCUUCAAGGUUUUUCCGGCUGCGCGUGAAGAUGACGUUGCCAUUUGCCAUGGAUGUGUACCGCUUUGCGGCGUUACUGUACUACCUAACUGCGAAGUAACAUCCAACGGCUUCCAUGCAACUCUAGCAGUCAUGUUCACCCCUUCUGGACCUGCCAUUGUCAUGCGCAAGGCGAGGGAUCCUGCAAGACGCAACAAGCAUAAUUCAAGUUUUCGCGUCUGGCGCAGGGCCGGCCUGAGAUGGCGCGAACGUGGAAAGUGUUUCCUCCUUGCCGCCGAUCCUUCCCUUCUGUGCCCCGAUCCGUGUUUCGGGUAUAUGAACAAGGGAGUUGAAGCUAUGGGUAAGAUCGUAAAACGCCUGACAAGCGAACCGGAUUACGUGCUCUACCCCGGACCUUCCUGCAGCGGUUAUCAUCCAUAUUACUGUGCAGUGCCGCUCACUUUUUUCCCGCCAGUCUUGACCACAUACCAUUCACUCAUAUUGUCUUUUGUUUUCUCAAUUCACUCUUUCGAGAAGAGUGCUGGUUUUGCCAUACACAUUUGGCUUACGCGGCUUCGACAGCUUACACUUACAUUUGACAUCGCAACUACCAGCGCAAUACUUCCACUUCGAUUCUAUCCCACUCUCACCAUGCGUUCCUUUAUUCUCAUCGCCCUUGUGGCCAUCAUCACAUUCGUGUCCGCCAUGCCUAUCACACCGGCAGCACCACAAUGGCAAGCAAAAGCAGAACAAUUCAGGUUACAGGGUCUCAAAGAGAUUGAGAUUGCGGAAAAGCUCAUGGCACCGACGGCUGCUUCAUCAUCAGGACCUCAGCCUUUCUUUUCCCGCCUCAAUCAAAUCGUUCACGUUUAUAUCCACGCUGCUUCCACCGACGACAAGCCCGAUCUAUCUGGAGACAUUGCACCAGGCUCAGCAGAAAUACCUCAAAUCCUUCCCACAGCACCAGCAUCUAAUGAAUUGUCUCUCUUCGAGCGCCUCUGUGCCGUCUUCCAUCGUAGCGAGAGCAGCUUUGGCUACGAGGGCAAGGAGUCGGAGAUGCGCCGACCAAUAGGCUCAGUUUAUUGGAACCAAUUCGGCGGGUUCCGUCGAUAG